CGUGCCGUGUCUACCCCCUUAAAACCGCACAAUAUGACGGUGGAGUUGAAAUGUUGAAUAUUUUUUAGAAUGUAGUGUUUACAUCCACGAUGUUUUAGUUAUAAAAAUAGAAUUCAACAGUUGAGCGUGAAUUCGUGUUAUGAUACAAAUGUUUCAUACAUUAUUUAAUAUUUGGUAAUGGAAUCUUAUCAAGUAUCAUUCAAUUAGGAAACAUUUUAAUAUUAAUAAAAGAUGAAUUUUGUCAACUGUUCAUUGUUAUGUAUAUUAAUUAGUAUUUUGAUGGUUUGUGUAAAAUGCGAAUUUUCCUUCACUUCAAUUUAUUCAACCAUCCUUAAUAAAGCUACAAUCAUACCAAGCUACCUACUAUGUACAUUUACAGAAUGUUGUAACAAUGAAUAUAUUUCUCCUGAUCUUGAUACAUUAGAUGAUAUUCUUUAUAAAGAACUCUAUGGGCAAGAAAUUGCUCAUCAUGUGGUUGUAAAUGCUUUACGUGGGCAUUUAACCUCCUCUGAUCCUCCAAAGGCUUUGACUAUGAGUUUUCAUGGCCCACCAGGAACUGGUAAAACUUUCACAACUCAAAUGAUUGCCAAAUUUCUUUAUAAAAAAGGUGAUCAUAGUGCAUUUUAUCAUUUUUUUAAUGGUCGUAAUGAUUUUCCUUUGGAAGGAAAUGUGGAACAAUAUAAGGAAGAAUUACGGAAAAUUAUCAUUAAUAGUUUAGAAAAAUGUGAAAGAUCAAUGUUUGUAUUUGAUGAAGUGGAUAAAAUGCCAGAGGGCCUGUUAAAUGUUCUUGUACCAUUUCUGGACUAUAAUACAUUGAUCAAAUCAUGGAGACUUACAAGCAGUUCAAUAAAUACAAGAAAAGCAAUUUACAUAUUUUUAUCUAAUACAGGUAGUUCACGAAUUGCACAGCGAUUAUUAACUCUUUGGGAAGAAGGAAAACACAGAAGUGAAACUAAACUUCAAGAUUUUGAAAAUUUGAUAAGUGUUGGAGCAUUUAAUGAAAAGGGAGGUUUCUAUCACAGUGAUACAAUAGACUCUAGUGUUAUAGACCAUUAUGUGCCUUUUUUACCGCUCGAAGAGAACCAUGUAAAGAAAUGUUUAAAAAAAGCAUUUAUAGAAAGAGGUGUAACUCCUACUAAUGAAAUGAUAGAGGAAGGAUUGUCGUAUGUAAUUUUUGGACCUCCUUCACAUAAUCUGUAUGCAACAGCUGGCUGUAAGAGGCUAGAACAGAAAGUUGCCGCUAUUAUAUACGCUAAAAGAAAAGAUCGACUUGAAUUUUGAAUGUUGUUAAAAUCAAAGAAAAGAUUAUUAAAUUCCACAAGCAACGCGUCUUUUUUAUGUUAACGUUUCAAUAAGAUCUAAAUUUUAUUAAUUACUCUUAUUGGCACAAUCAGAAAAUAUGUGUAACAGUUAAAAAAAUAGUAUAAUUAAUUUGUUAUAAUAAUGCGUGUAGCGAUUGUUUAUAUAUUUAUGUACGUAUACGCUUAUAUUUAAGAAGUAGCUAAAAUUUUUUUAUCUUCAACAUUACAGAAUUACAGUAUAUACAAUUGAGGCUUGGCAAUUGACUUUAAAAUAUAGUCGUAAAGAGAGAAGUUGUCUAAAAGUAUAAACAUUUGGCAAUAUGUUUUCUCUACAUAAUCCUAACAUACAAAGAUAGACAACUUUAAUCUUUAUGACGUUCUUCUAACUUUAUUAGUUAUCUCAUGUCGUACCGAAAAAUAAUUGUGAUUCUAUAGUCUAUACAAGUACCUAAAUGUAUUCGUUUUUAUACGCUCAGUUCACGUUCGCGAAUAUGUAUUUCCUAUUUUUAUAAUUGUAAUAUAACACAACCUCAAGCAAAGAGAACAGUAAAAUAAACUGUGUUUUUUAUGAUA